AUAUAAUGAUAAGCAUAACACAAAUAUACAAAUAUGUUUCAAAAGAUAUUAUAUUGAAAGUAACACAAUUUUUAUAAAAAAAAAAAAAGGAAAUGUUUAAAUUAAAAAUUAUUUGACGUGCAUUUUUUAAAACAACUACUACUUCAUUAUUUACAAACUCUUGUUUGCGUACACUGCAAAUGAUUUUCCCUAAAAAUAUAUAUCGUGACUUAUACAUAAGGUGCAGUCACCCGCAUCUCUAUACCCGUGACCGGUAGGUGGACAGCCCAAUCAGCUGUUGUGUAUGCAUUCUUCUAGUGUGGACACACUGCCCAUCACGCCAAACAAAUUGUUUUUCAAAUAUAUGGAAUAAUUAUUUUAAAAUGGAUGAGGAGGAGCACCUGCAUCGCUUUGGCACACCUCUGGCGCCUAUAGAGAAAGAUGUAGUGCCGGCAAAGAAACCUGUGGCCAUCGAAGAUCAAAUUGUGAAAGAUGAAAAUGGAAAGCGAAGGUUUCAUGGCGCCUUCACUGGCGGCUUCAGUGCUGGAUUCUGGAACACCGUUGGGUCUCUGGAGGGCUGGACGCCUCAGACCUUUAAAAGCUCGCGGGCAGAGAAGGCAACUCCGCGGGCUCAGCUUAAGCCGGAAGACUUUAUGGACCAGGAGGAUCUGGGUGAGUUUGGCAUUGCUCCGCAAGGGAUUCGCACACGAGAUGAUUUCGCCAAGGAGGAUGAGCAAGAGCAACGUUCUGGUCAGCGGCGUCGGAAACUCAUGCAGCCAGAAUUGCGAGAAGGCGCCAUACCAGGAGUUCCAGUGCUUGAGCAACUCCUACGACCAGUGCGGGACAAGGUAGCCGUUCGAAUACUUAAAAGCAUGGGCUGGAAACCCGGCCAAGGAGUAGGUCCACGACAAACCAAAAAGGAGAAGCGCCAGGCCUCGGCCAGGAACACACGGGAGCAGUAUCUCCUCGAGCACUACGGUGCGGAGGGACUGCCAUCCCAAGUGGAGACGAAUGAAGAAGACAGCAAUGAGGAUGAGGAGGACGAUGAGGAUAUUACUUUUGCGCCGGAUGACUAUGAGCCCAUCUUCUACACACCCAAGGAAAACCGCUUUGGCAUGAGUUAUUCUGGUCUCAGUCGUGAUCCCAUCCUCUCGAAGUCCUCCUCUAGCUCAGCCAAGCCUAUGCAGCAUAUCAAUCUCUUUGGUCAAAUGGAAGAUCAGGCUAAUAAGAAGCAGCUGUCCAUUCGCGGUCAGGCAUUUGGAGUAGGAGCCUUUGAAGAAGAGGACGAGGAUAUCUAUGCCCGCGAUGAUAUGACCCGCUAUGAUUUCUCGCUGGCGGACAAGAAGCCCAAGCAAAAAAAGCAACAACACGUCCAGCAGCGCCAUGUCAUAGAUGGAUUUAGUGAAGAUAAAACGGGAUCAGCUCUGCAAAAGCCUUACGCCAUCGACUUGCCCAGGGAUUUUCAACCCAGAAAUUGGUUGCAGCGAAGAAGUCGCUUUGCUCCAAUGGACAAAGAAAGAGCCAAAAAAUUGGAGGCGGCCACGGAAUACAAACGAUCGGGUCUGGGAAGGCACGAUCUUAAUCCUGAUCAGAGGGCAGAGCUUUUAGGAGAGCAGAAAAAAGAUGAGAAGCCGGACGAAGAGGAGCAGCCCAAACGCAAUCCCUUUAAGGAUCGUGGAAAAUCACUACGGGAACGCAUCAAUGCCAGGACAGAAGGUUUCACCAAGGGUGGAGUGAUCACAGAAAGUGGCGAAGAGAAACAAACUGAAAUGACUAAAGAAGUAAAGGAAGCGAAUGCCGCAAUACAAGAGAAAGCAGCUCUAAAGACGAAAGAUUUAGCACCUUCAACAUCAUCUUCAGGCGCUUUCAAACCCUUUUUAGCUGAUGAAGCUAAACAAGAGCGCUAUGAGAAAUUUGUUGCUGCCAAGCUAACAGAUGAUACAGAAAUCACACAGUUCCUAGCCAAUAUGCAACCGGUUUCACUAUCCUUGUGGGAUAGGGAGAUGGAGAAGAAGGAAUUCAUUCAGGCGGCAAAGAUCUAUCGUCCAUUAGAUGGUCUUAUGAACGAUAGAUUCGUUUCGGAAGCCAAUGUCCAGGCUGAGAAGAUCAAGGAACAAACGAAGUCCACGGAAGAGCGAAUGAUCGUAAUGGAGCGGACCAAGACCAUGUGGAAACCCACUUCACUGCUCUGCAAGCGGUACAAUAUUGCAGAACCAUUUGGAGGCGCCAUGCUGGACCCGGAAAAGGAACUUAAGGCAAAGCCGAAGAUUUCGGUAUUCGAUUACCUAGAGACGUCAAUCAACACAAAAGCAAACUUUCAAACUCCUACUAUUAUUCCCAAGCACAUAGAGAAACCGAAGCCGAAGGAAGUAGAGCCACCACCUCCAUCUCUACCUCCUCCUCCGGUAGUUAAGGAACCGGAGAAACCUAUUUCAAAAGAAGAUCCAACAAAGUUUGUUUUUGUGCCGAAAACUCCCUUGGAGCAGGCGGUGGAUGAAGCACGCAACAAACCCAUUUCGGAGAAGGUUGACCUGUUCAAAAGUAUUUUCGAUGACAGCGACGAGGAGGAGGUAGUUGAGAAGCCUCCAGAGAAUCCGGAGAAGAAACUGGCUGCCUUGGAAGAGGCUCUAGGCUUACCCUCAUCGUCAGCAGCUUCAGCUGCGGCACAAAAUGUUUUAAGAAACACUUCACCUCCUCGAGGAAUUUUCGCAGCGUUGUUUCAAGCCAAGGAAGUGGAGGCAGCUAAAGAAUCAGCGCCACCUAAGUUUGCUCCUAUAGAAGGAAAUAAGUUAAAGAUCUCUUACAAAUCUCGUGAAGAGCGACUGAGGAACGAUAAAGAGUUGGCCAUGGCUGAGGUGCCGCCCGAAGAUAUCUACGGGCCAAAGUUACCAGGAGCAGUUCCCCCGAAACCAGCCGAGGAUCAGGCAGAAGCCGGUAUCAAUGCCAAAUUGCAACAGCUCUGGCAGAAGCACGCUCCUAAAAAGCGAAAAGCUGAGAAAUGGGUGGAAAAAAAGAUGAUCUCCAGCAGUGAGGACAGUGAUGAAAGUUCCAGCGAUGAAUCCUCAUCAUCCGAUUCCUCUAGUGGGAAAUCUAAGAAAUCCAAACUUAGUAAGCCGAAGAAGUCACACAAGAGCUCCAGAUCGAAAAAGUCCAAGAAAUCUAAACUAAAAUCGAAGAAGAAGUCAAAAAAGAGCGACAAAUCCAAACACAAGACGAAGAAAAAGAAAAGUAAACACUGAUUGUAAAUAGUUAAUAAAUAGAUUUGGCUUUCUCUAAGACAA